GCUCUGUUUGGUUAUGUGUAUUUGGCUGUCACCUAAUUUUUACGCAAAUUGUGUCGGCCCGGGAUAAAACAAUCGGUUAUUUGUUUAGAGUGAUUUUGUGCGUAUAAAUAAAUUAUUUCCUAAUUAUAAAUUCAAAAUGCCUUCGGUGAAAGGAGCAGAAAGCGAUGCUGACGAUAUGUCAGGGGGCGAAAGCGACCAUUCAAACUCGAGUAGGGCCCCCGAGAGGGACUCCAGUGCCGAAGAAGCUGAUGAAUUGGAAUCAGAUGACUCUUCUGAAAUGGAUGAGGUUGAAUGCGAUCGAAGAAGAAAAGAAUGCUUGGAAAUAUUAGCUGAUUUAGAGCAACAAUUCUUAGCGAUACGUGAGCAGCUUUACAAAGAACGUAUAAGUCAUGUAGAGUGGCAAUUGUUGGAAGUAAAAAAUGGGAGGUCAAGAGAAUAUCUUGUUCCUUUGCAAAGGCUGCAAGAAAAUAUGAGAAUCAGGCAUGAGGUCGCUGGGACAUUGAAGCAAUUUAGAUUAAAAAAUAUCCAACAUAAAUAUGCUGCUGAGGAACAGGCAGCUAGGCAAAAUUUUGAAAGUGAAAAAUCCCUUGCUGUUGAUUUCAUACAUGAAGAACUGCUAGAUAAAAUCAGACGCUUAGAGGAAGAUCGUCAUAAUGUGGAUAUUUCAUGGGCAGAUUGGAAUACAGGGUCACGGUCAAGUAAAGUUCGAGGUCCAGGUCGGCGUAAAGCGGUUACUGUUUCUGGACCUUACAUUGUAUAUAUGCUUUCUGAACAAGAUAUUCUCGAAGACUGGACUGUCAUUCGGAAAGCAUUAAAACGCACAGUUCCUACUUGACACCACAUAUAUAAAAUGUGAACAUUUUCUGUGAAUGUAUGAGGUUUAGUGUUUUGAACCAUGUCUAUGAUAAAUUAUAUAAGUAUGUUUAGUGAAUUUUCUUAAAAACUGUAUAAUUCUAUAAAUUUUGAGGAUUAUAUGUUUGAUUGCUUGAAACCAUAAUAAAUGGGUUUUUGUGAUUUUAGUUAAGUUGAAAUCGAUUUUAAUAAUUUAAAUUCUGUUUGUUGUAACCAUUAUGCAAAGAAUACAAAAAAAAUGUUAACUAUAUAAUUUACAAAAAAUAGA